AUGUUUUCCUUUUUCAAAUCACGACGAAAAUCUGAACAAUAUGAAAUGAUAGAUCAAAAUGUAUUAGAAGAAAAUAUAAGUCAAUCAAGAAGUUCAAGUGAUUCACAAUCAUCAGUUGUUUUUGAAGAUAUUGAAAAUUAUACAAAUAAAUCAAAAGAAACAAAGAAUGAUUUUUAUAAUGAUCCUAUUUUUCAUUCAAUUUUAAGUAGGUAUAAAAAUCAAGGAAUUAAAAAAUCUAUAAUUAGUAUUAUAUCAAUUGUGUUUGUCUUGUUAUGGAUUAUUGGAGUUAUAGUAUAUUCUCAAUUGAGUCCUAAACAAUUAUUAAAUAAGACUAAAUGGCAAACUAAUAUCAAGUUGUUUGGUCAAAAUAUAACCCUAAAUGAAUAUAAUUCACAAUUUAAAAACAUAACAUUUGAUAAUUGGAGAAAUGGAGAUUAUAUGACUUAUCAAGAAAGUAUAACUUGGUUAACUCCAGAACAGUACCCCUCGGGGAAUUCUGGAGGUUAUUAUAUAACUCCUAGAAAAGAUCAAUUUCUUUUAAAACAAAUAAAUACAGAUUUUGAGGAUAUUAUCAUAAAUUCUAGAAAAUUUCCAUAUAAAAAUAAUUUCUUUCAUAUAUCUGACAUUAUCAUAAAUCCUAGUAAAUCAAUUGAAGAAUUAAAUAAUAAUCAUAUCAUAGUUUCCGAUAAAUUAGCUCAAUGGAGACAUUCAACAUUUGCAUUAUAUUGGCUAUAUAACCCUAUAUUAGCUACCUAUACUCCCAUACAACCACCAAAUGUUGAAACAAAUGUAUUAGAGAAAUUGCAUUUUGCUGAAUUUUCACCAGAUGGUAAUACUGUGGCUUUUGCAUUUGAACAUAAUUUAUUUGUACAUGAUGUAUCUACUGGAGAGGUACAUCAAAUAACUAAUGAUGGAUCAACAAACAUUUUCAAUGGUAAACCUGAUUGGGUAUAUGAAGAAGAAGUAACAGCAAAUGAUAGAAUGAUUUGGUGGUCACCAGAUUCAUCUAAAUUUAUAUUUGUAAAAUUAAAUGAUACUAAUGUUCAAUCUGUUGAUAUUGAUUAUUAUAUUAAACAAAAUACAGAAAUUGGAAUGCAAUAUGAACAACUGAAUGAGAAACAAUAUAAAAAUUUAAAUCAAUAUCCUAUAAAGACAUCUUUAAAAUAUCCAAAACCUGGGACAAAUAUUCCAAUUGUAUCAAUUUAUACGUAUGAUGUUAAAUCAAAAAAAGUCGAAUCUUUGCUGGACAAAGAUAAGACUUUGGGUGAUGAAUUUAUACUUUAUCAAGCUAUUUGGGUUGAUAAUGAUAAUUUUUUAAUGAAACAAACUGAUAGAACAAGUAAAUUAUUUGCUCGAAAGGUUUUUAACGGAAAUGAGGUAACUAGAAUAGAAUCAUUUAAUGUUACGGGUAAAUAUGGUGGAUGGGUUGAAAAAAUGAAACCAAUCAAUUUAGCCGCUAAUGGUGGUUAUAUUGAUAAUUGUUUUGAAAAUGGUAACAAUUAUAUUUGUUUAUUUGACAAAGCAGCUAGUGCUGAACCUAAAAUUUUCAACAAGUACCCAACAAUUAGCGAAGGGAUUUAUAAUAAUCAACACAACUGCAUUUAUUUCUUAACUUCUGCUAAAAGUGCUAUGGAUUCUCAUUUAAUUGGUGUGAAUAUAAAUACCAAUGAAUAUAUUGAAUAUACUUCUUUAAAUGAAGAUGGAUAUUAUUCUACAAAAUUUUCUAAAAAUGGUCAAUUUUUAAGUUUAAAAUAUAAUGGACCUAAUCAACCAUGGCAAAGAUUAAUUAGUAUGACUGAAUUACAUGAACAAGAAAAAGAACAUGUUGAACAUACAAUAUUAGAACAACCAAUAAUAAAUUUUAUGGAUAAAAGUUUAAAAAAUUUAGAAAAUACAAAUAUUCCAACGACAACUUUUAAUGAAAUCAAAUUAGAAAAAGAAGAUAUUUCAAUAAGUAUCAAAACAAUUUUCCCGCCUGGUUUCAACCCAGAGUUUAAAUAUCCUUUACUUGUUCAUGCAUAUGGUGGACCAGGUUCACAAACUGUUCAAAAACAAUAUGAUUUGGGUUUUUUAGAUGUAGCUAGUUCAACGUUAAAUAGCAUAAUUUUUGUAAUUGAACCAAGAGGAACAGGUGGUAAAGAUUGGAAAUUUAAAUCUUACGCUAAUAAUAAUAUUGGAUAUUGGGAACCAAGAGAUAUUAAAUUAAUUACUUCUGAAUUUAUUUCAGCUAAUAAAUUUAUUCAAAAAAAUAAAGUAGCAAUAUGGGGAUGGUCUUAUGGUGGGUUUACUACACUAAAAACCUUAGAAUUUGAUAAUGGUGAAAUUUUCAAAUUUGGAGUUGCUAUUGCACCAGUUACAAAUUGGUUAUUUUAUGAUGCUAUAUAUACUGAAAGAUACAUGAAUAAACCUCAAGAUAAUCCAAGUUAUAAUGUUGCUCAAAUUAGUAAAGUAGAAAAUCUCAAAAAUAUCAAAAAUUUUUUAAUAAUGCAUGGAUCAGCAGAUGAUAAUGUUCAUGUUCAAAAUUCAAUGUGGUUAAUGGAUAAAUUAAAUCUUGCGAAUAUUCAUAAUUAUGAAUUUCAUUUAUUUCCUGAUAAUGAUCAUAAUAUAAAUUAUCAUAAUGGUAAUUCAUUUGUUUAUAAAAAAAUGUUAAAUUGGUUGCAAAAUAAUUUUAGCAGCUAA